CGCCCCCUCAGUAACAACCAAUCAGAAGUCACAUCCUGACUUCCCGAGAAACAAAAUCAGCGUCCAUGACUGAAUCUCCUUGCCCAAUCACGUUCUGAAUUUCUGGUGCGCGUCAAUAGACCCCGCCCAUCCACCCGGAGACAGGCUGACGCCCAAUGGCAGUGAGGUGGGCGUGGUCAGAGUGUCCGCUGGAGAGGGCGGCGCCUGUGUGUGAGUACCUGAGCCGCAUAGCGAGUGUAUCGGCCGCCGGGGACAUGCUGGGGCUGGGGUCCGGAGGGGCGGCUAAGUCCCCCAAACAGCCGUCAUUUGUGUCCUAUCUGACACCUGAGGAGAUCGACGUUAAAGAAAAGGCGGAGCAGCCAAUCAAGGUUGAUGAUGUUCUUCUAUUACCAGGUGAGAUGCUCCUCUGUGAAGCCAGCAAUGUAUUUAAGAUGUCCCAGGACGAAGGUUCCCAGAGAGGAGUGUGCGGGAGACUGGUCUGCACAAACUUCAAGAUCACCUUCUUGUCUGAGGACAGCUCGGAGGACAACGCUCCAGAAUUCAAAAACAAAAUAGUAGGUGAGAAUGACAUCACCCUGCAGUGUGUGGACCAGCUCUAUGCAGUGUUUGAUGACAAGAAGAAAGUUCUUAUAUCAGGUGCACCACUGAAGAAAUACCCCGAGAGACUGUUCAUCUACUGUAAAGACUUCAGAGUGUUUCACUUCUGUCUCAGCUAUGCUAAAGAGGAUGAAGUGAACCGGAUUGUCAAUGGGAUCAUUCACCACACACUUAGUCCUAAGCGUUUAAAGCUGAUUUUCCUGUUUCCAUACACAGAAGCCGCCCCACGUUAUAUAGCCACAAGUGCCAAAGAUCCGACUGUAUUGUUUGAGAAACAGAAGGACUGGCGUACGGAGUUAGAUCGCAGCAAGGGAAACUUGUUUUAUAAAGUAUCUUCCAUCAAUGAAAGCUACAAAGUUUCGGAAAGGUUACCCCCUCAUUUUGUUGUCCCGGCAACGCUGCAGGAGGAAAGUGUGUAUAAAUUCCAGGGGCGAGGGAUUCCUUUUUGGUGCUGGUCCUCUCAGCAUGGUGCAGCCUUAUUUAAGAUGGCCUCCCUUCCUAAAGAAGUGGAUGACUCCUCCAUACAGGACCAGAGAUCAUUCCUGGCAAGUGUAGAGAAGACUCUGCAUAGGCCUCCCUAUGAGGAAGUGAGAAUUGAGGAUUUAUCUGUCACUCUCCCUUCCCUCUCUGAAAUCCAAGUGGCUUAUACUAGAUUUAAGCAGCUGUUUUUAAUAGAUAAUUCCACUGACUUCUGGGAUACAGACUCCAAGUGGUUUUCAUUACUGAACACGAGUAAUUGGCUUGAAAUUAUAAGACAGUGCCUUAAGAAAGCAAUAGAAGUAAUUGAACUUUUGGAAAACCAAAAAAUUAAUGUUGUCCUAAAAGAGGACACUGCCUUUGACUUUUGCUGCGUAAUCUCCAGUCUGGUGCAAAUCAUGAUGGAUCCACAUUACCGCACCAGAUGCGGCUUCCAGAGCCUUAUCCAAAAGGAGUGGGUGAUGGGGGGACAUAGUUUCCUGGAUAGAUGCAACCAUCUUCGAAACAAUGAUGGCGAGGCUCCCGUCUUCUUGCUCUUCUUGGACUGUGUUUGGCAGCUGGUCCAUCAGUACCCACUUGCCUUUGAGUUCUCAGAGACGUAUCUGACGGUCCUGUCGGAUAGCAUUAAUAUACCCAUCUUCAGCACUUUCUUCUUUAAUUCACCCUGUCAAAAGGAUGCACAUAAGAGGGUCGAGGAUGGUAGCGGCAGACAAAGAGGCUCUUUGAGUUUUUACUCUGUCUGGGAUUGGUCGGUCCAGUUUGAAUUGAAAGCUUUGACGUUCCUAAGAAAUCCCCUGUAUGUGGAGAAGUCUAAACAGGAGAAAAGCCGGAAAGGAGCCCGUUCUAAGCAUCACAGGCAGUUAUCUCUGCCUCUUACCCAGUCGAAAUCUUCGAAUAAGAGAGGAUUCUUCAAGGAAGAACCUGGACCCUUCAUUAAAAGUCUCCUGGGUAAAAGGAUUAGUAAAUUAAUAAGCGCUUCAGAUGAAGUACUCAGUAACUACCAGGUCUUCUAUGAGAAUUGGCACCGCAAGCCAAUAGACUUUAAUGGCUUAAUCCUGCCGCACAUCGAAGGUCCUGACAUCUGCAUUUGGGCUCAGAGACACUUGCGUUGGAUCCCGGAAGCUCAGGUUCUUGGUGGGGGAAACGUGGCCUCUACGCAGAGGAUGUUGGAGCUUAUUGAUGAAAUCGAGGGCCUUAAGAUUGAAUUAACGGAGAGACCAAUGUUAUCCUACCGAACCUCCAAGGAGAACGAUGUGGACAGUAGGCGCAAGAAGUCCGUCCGGCGAUCCUCGCUGUAUCCAUUUGCUCAGUUCCAUAUGAAUUGUGUUAGGCCGUCUAUAUCCACCACCACGUGGCGGAGCUGGGAAGCAGAAGAUGAACUUGUCAACAGGGAUGAUGAGGACACUGACCUGGGCAUUAUAUGAUUAGUGUAGUCGCUAUAGUUUUAUCAUAUAGAUCAUGGUUUCCCAACCAGGGUGCCUCCAGC